UGGUUAAAGUUCCUAUAAUCAACCAUCUUGAAGCUUUGCGGGAUGAGGAAUUAGAGGAGCGGCGAGAAAAGAGGCGAAAACAGCUGGCAGAAGAGGAGGCCAAAAUGGCAGAGAAGGGCAAGGAAGAGAAGGAUCCAAAGGAUCAAAAUCCUCAGGCUGCAAACUCCAAGAGGAACGCGUCCUUUGAGCUGAGCCUUGCAGAUCAAGAUGGCAGUGGUCGUCCAGAGAACUUCCCUACAGCUCCAUCUUCUGCUGAAGGAACCCCUACAAGUCCAGAGCUUGUUCCUUUAGAUCCCACUUUGCGUGCUCAUCCUCCGGAGGCUUCCCUGGCAGAACUCCCUCAAAGCUUGCACACCGAGCCUGGGACGGAGGACACUGGUCAGCUACUAAUGCCGGCUGAUCAAGAGGAGUCUGGACCAGGGAGACCCAGUGCAGAGGGGGAUGCUACUCAAAUGGAGCUAUCACCAGCACCAACCAUCACUUCUCUUUCUCCGGAGCGAGCAGAAGAUUCUGAUGCUCUUACUGCUGUUAGCAGUCAGUUGGAGGGGUCUCCUAUGGAUACUAGUAGCCUUGCAUCUGGGCCACUGGAGGAAGGAGUUGGAGAGCAAUCUGGUGUUGUAAAUCCAGAACAGCCUCUUGUGGUCACAACAAGUAUUGCGGUUGGCCAGCAGCCUGUGGAACCUUCAGCUGCAAAUGAGGGGCAAGUUGUAUCUCAGCUUGGUGAUGACAGUUCUCCACCGGCAUCCUCUGCUGAAAUGCCUUCCACUAGAGACCCCAGUGUAGCCUUGUUAGCAACAGAUUCUAGUGGUAUUCUGGAAGAACCUUUGCCAUCCACAAGUAGUGAAGAGGAGGAUCCACUAGCAGGUAUAAACUUACCUGAAGGAGUCGAUCCAUCCUUUCUGGCUGCCCUUCCAGAAGAUAUUCGCAGAGAAGUGCUACAGAACCAACUUGGCAUCAGGCCUCCUGCUCGGGCUCCUCCGACUACUGCCCCUGUUAUUCCUCCCCCGGUUGUAGGUAGUGCUGGUGUGACUGAAGUCAGCCCGGAAUUCCUAGCUGCUUUACCACCUGCUAUACAGGAAGAGGUUUUAGCCCAGCAGAGAGCAGAACAGCAGAGGAGAGAAUUGUCACAGAGCACCACGUCUGAUACACCAAUGGAUCCAGUGACUUUCAUCCAGACUCUGCCAUCUGAUCUGCGUCGUAGUGUUCUAGAGGACAUGGAAGACAGUGUUCUGGCAGUGAUGCCUCCAGACAUAGCAGCUGAGGCACAAGCUCUGCGGAGGGAACAGGAGGCACGGCAGAGGCAGCUCAUGCAUGAAAGACUGUUUGGGCACAGCAGCACAUCCGCACUCUCUGCCAUCCUCAGAAGCCCAGCAUUUACAAGCCGCUUGAGUGGAAACAGGGGUGUACAGUACACGCGCUUGGCAGUGCAAAGAGGAAGCACUUUCCAGAUGGGAAGCAGCAGCACGCACACAAGGCCUGCAGGCAGUAAUGUGGACAGCUUACUAAGGCUGCGAGGACGAUUGUUACUGGAUCAUGAAGCGCUCUCUUGUUUGCUGGUUCUGCUGUUUGUCGAUGAGCCAAAACUAAACACCAGCCGCCUGCACAGGGUCUUGCGGAAUCUUUGUUACCAUGCGCAGACCCGCAACUGGGUUAUCAAAAGCCUUUUGUCCAUUUUGCAACGGAGCAGUGAAAGUGAACUCUGUAUAGAGAGCCCCAAGACUUCUAUUGGAGGAAGUGAUAAAAGGGGAUCAGCCAAGGCUUGUUCUUCCAGCCAUGAUGGUCGUCCCUUGGAGCUGCUGCACAAGAUGGAAUCCAAAAACUCCAACCAGUUGUCCUGGCUCUCUGUUUCAAUGGACGCCGCUCUUGGCUGCCGAACAAACAUAUUCCAAAUCCAGAGAUCAUUAGGACGCAAGCACACAGAAAAGCAUGCAGCUUGCGGCUCUACUGUUCACAUUCACCCACAAGCUGCCCCUGUGGUGUGCAGGCAUGUGUUGGACACUCUUAUUCAGUUAGCCAAGGUGUUCCCAAGCCAUUUCACACAGCAGAGGACCAAAGAGUGCAAUGUAGAAAACAGUGAAAAUAAGGAGAGGAGUAUAAAAUUGACUUGUAGCCCCUGUCCUACACAAUCUAGUAACAGUGGGGCAAGCAACAUCUCCACAGACUUCUGGGACUUGUUAGUAAAGUUAGACAAUAUGAAUGUGAGCCGUAAGGGAAAAACGUCUAUAAAGUCCGUGCCUGUAAGUUCUGGAGGAGAAGCGGAAAGCUUGCAGUGUAGCCUGGAGGCCUCUCCUUUGGGACAGCUCAUGAAUAUGUUAUCUCAUCCAGUCAUUCGGCGGAGUUCAUUACUUACAGAAAAACUGCUCAGACUCCUCUCCCUUAUAUCUAUUGCCUUGCCUGAUAAUAAAUUACCAGACAGUAUGGCCAAUCAAAGUAAUGCCAUUGCUCCCGCCCCUGCCCCAACGCCUGCAACAGCACCAGUACCUCUUCCUGUACCCGCUGUAACUGUGCCGACAGUUGCCAACACAAGUGUUGUGUCAACUGUGAUGAAAAGUAUCAAGUCUACAGUGAAGUCAAGCGAGUCCAGCGCCCCGGACAAAAUGGCUGCUUCAGGGCUCACGGAGAAACAGCUGCAGCUUUCUGUGGAGGUGUUAACGUCUCACUCGUGUUCUGAAGAAGGAUUAGAGGACGCAGCCAAUGUGUUGCUUCAGCUAUCCAGAGGUGAUCCUGGGACACGGGACACUGUAUUAAAAUUGCUGCUCAGCGGGGCCCACCAUCUAGGAUAUACUCUGUGUAGACAGAUCGGUACACUGUUAGCAGAGUUGCGCGAGUAUAACCUGGAUCAGCAGAAGCGGGUUCAGUGUGAGGCGCUCUCUCCAGAUGGCAUGCCUGAGGAGCAGCCUCAUAACUCCAAGGCGAAGGGUAAAAUGCAGAGCAGGUCUCUCCCCACUCCAUCCCUACGAUCCAGGUUUGAUAUCGCCGAGAACGUGGUGAUCGUGGCGUCACAGAAGAGACCUCUAGGGGGCAGAGAACUCCAGUUACCUUCAAUGUCUAUGCUGACAUCCAAGACCUCCACACAGAAAUUCUUCCUGCGAGUACUACAGGUUAUCAUUCAGCUCAGAGAUGACACCAGAAGAGCCAACAAAAAGGCCAAGCAAACCAGCAGACUAGGGGCUGCCAGUCUGGCCUCGGCUAGCAGCAUCCAGGCAGCUGUGCAGCAGCUGGAGGCUGAGGCUGAUGCCAUUAUACAAAUGGUACGUGAGGGUCAAAGGGCGCGGAGACAGCUGCAAACUGCAACGGCGGAAAGUUCAGCUCGUAGGGAGGAAUCUCCUAUGGAUGUUGACCAGCCGUCACCAGCCACACAAGAUACCCAGUCUGUUGGCUCUGAAGGAUCUCAAGCUGCUGAAAAGAAAGAGGAAGAGAGACUCCCAGAGUUGCCCCUUCUGAGUGAGCAGCUGAGUCUGGAUGAAUUGUGGGACAUGUUAGGAGAAUGUUUAAAGGAGCUGGAGGAGUCUCAUGAUCAACAUGCAGUGCUAGUUCUUCAGCCGGCCGUAGAAGCAUUUUUCUUGGUUCAUGCAACAGAAAGAGAAAGCAAGCCUCCUGUGCGGGACACACGGGAAAGCCAACUGUCUCACAUAAAAGAUGAGCCUCCCCCAUUAUCGCCAGCACCCCUCACUCCUGCUACGCCUUCUUCCCUAGAUCCCUUCUUUUCAAGGGAGCCUUCAGCUAUGCACAUCUCAUCCAGCCUGCCUCCUGAUACUCAAAAGUUCUUACGAUUUGCAGAGACGCAUCGCACUGUGUUAAAUCAGAUCCUCAGGCAGUCUACUACGCACUUGGCCGAUGGACCUUUUGCUGUUCUUGUGGACUACAUUAGGGUCCUGGACUUUGAUGUAAAACGCAAGUAUUUCCGUCAGGAGCUUGAGCGACUGGAUGAAGGAUUGCGGAAAGAGGAUAUGGCUGUGCAUGUGAGACGAGACCAUGUGUUUGAAGACUCUUACCGGGAACUGCACAGGAAAUCCCCAGAGGAAAUGAAAAACAGAUUGUAUAUAGUGUUUGAGGGAGAAGAAGGCCAAGAUGCCGGUGGGCUUCUCAGAGAAUGGUACAUGAUCAUCUCCAGGGAAAUGUUCAAUCCAAUGUACGCUCUGUUCCGCACUUCACCUGGGGACCGAGUCACCUACACCAUCAACCCCUCCUCUCACUGCAACCCCAACCACCUCAGCUACUUCAAGUUUGUCGGGCGGAUAGUCGCUAAAGCAGUGUAUGACAACAGGCUGCUGGAAUGUUACUUCACGCGCUCAUUCUACAAGCACAUCUUAGGCAAAUCGGUCAGAUACACUGACAUGGAAAGCGAAGAUUAUCACUUCUACCAGGGGUUAGUGUACUUGCUCGAGAAUGAUGUCUCCACACUGGGCUAUGACUUAACGUUCAGCACAGAGGUUCAGGAAUUUGGUGUCUGUGAAGUCCGUGACCUAAAACCCAACGGUGCAAACAUCCUGGUUACCGAAGACAACAAGAAAGAAUAUGUUCACCUUGUGUGCCAGAUGAAGAUGACAGGUGCAAUCCGGAAGCAGUUGGCCGCUUUCCUGGAGGGAUUUUAUGAAAUUAUCCCCAAACGUCUCAUCUCCAUUUUCACAGAGCAGGAACUGGAGUUACUAAUUUCUGGCUUACCCACCAUAGAUAUUGAUGACUUGAAGUCUAACACAGAGUAUCACAAGUAUCAGUCUAAUUCCAUACAGAUUCAGUGGUUCUGGAGAGCGUUGCGCUCCUUUGACCAAGCGGACAGAGCAAAGUUUCUUCAGUUUGUCACUGGAACAUCCAAAGUUCCCUUGCAGGGCUUCGCAGCUCUGGAGGGAAUGAAUGGCAUUCAGAAAUUUCAAAUACAUCGAGAUGACCGAUCUACGGACAGACUGCCCUCUGCCCACACAUGUUUUAACCAGUUGGACCUUCCAGCCUACGAGAGCUACGAGAAGCUACGUCACAUGCUGCUUUUGGCAAUUCAGGAGUGCUCUGAGGGGUUCGGCCUGGCCUAGGAUUACCCCAUCGCAUAUGUUUUCUACUGUUAGACAUUAAAGAGAGAGCAAAACCAAGCCAUGCAUCUAUCUCGCUCACCCUGCUGGCACCGAGAAGAGGGACUUGCCUUCUAAAGCUGCCGCGUCUCUCCGGUUCCCUUCCAACGGUGAACCGGCCGUGCUGAGACUUGAAACACUGCUCUGAGGAAUGUAGAGAACGGAGAGGAGCAGGGGGAAAAUGAUAUAGUAUAUAAAUAUAUUUUUUCUUUUUUGCUUUUCUUCAGUUUUGCCUAAGGAAGAGUUGAUUUGGUUUUGGCUCUUCUAAGAAAAUAAAAACAAACAAAAACCUCUGAAUGCAGGGUAGAGAAGCUGGUUAAAUGGUUUAAGAGUUCUAUAAAUAUGUGAAAAGUGCAAAGAACCAGUGGAAGAAGAGAAAACUAGAGCACUCAUAAGAAAUAGCCACUAUUCCAACGCUAUUUUUUUCAGCUUCUAUUAAAAAUACUGAGGUGUUUACCUGUAAAUAAACCACUGAAAGGAAAUACCCGAUCAAUACAGUUUUUUAUUUCAUGCCCGCUGGUGGUGGUCAAAUGAAUCGCAAAGGGGGAAAACCAUGAGAGUUGCAAGUGACAGAUGCAGCCUACGAGGUUUGGUAAUACGCCAGUGGCUAUUGGUAGAACACAUGCUGUGUAUACACCCAUCCCAUAUAUUGUCAGCCUAGAAAGAAGAGAGAAUUGCCUUACGGGAUGCAAUGCGGCAUUUACCCUUCAGUGGGACAGUACAGUGUACAAAUAGAUAUCAUAUGGUCCAGCCAAGGUUUAUAUCCCACCCGUCUCCCUGAUAUUUAUUCAUUUUUUUCCCCUUUCCCAUCAUAAGUUCAGGUUUUGGAUUGCUAGGAUUUUCUGUUUGGAUUUGUUCUUUUUUUUUGUUUUUUGUUUUUUUUUUUCGUUGAUUUUUCU